UUUACGGCCGUGGGGACGGAGCGAGCCGGCGCCAGGGCCACUCCGGCCGGGGAGCAGGGCAGGCGGACGAGGUUGAUGCCCGGUGGCGGGGUGAGCGCGGCGUCUGGCCGGCUACUCACCGCCGCGGAGCAAAGGGGUGCCCGGGAAGCGGCGGGGUCGGCGUCCAGGAGCGGCCCGGGAGGCUCCGGCUCCGGCGGCGGGGGCAGAGGCGGAGCAGGCGGCCCCGGGCCGGGCAGUGGAGGCCCAGGGGGCCCCGCGGGCAGGAUGAGCCUGACCCCGAAGGAGCUCUCGAGCCUGCUGAGCAUCAUUUCGGAGGAGGCGGGCGGCGGCAGCACCUUCGAGGGCCUGUCCACCGCCUUCCACCACUACUUCAGCAAGGCCGACCACUUCCGCCUGGGCUCGGUGCUCGUCAUGCUGCUGCAGCAGCCGGACCUGCUGCCCAGCGCGGCGCAACGCCUCACCGCGCUCUACCUGCUCUGGGAGAUGUACCGCACGGAGCCGCUCGCCGCCAACCCCUUUGCCGCCAGCUUCGCGCACCUGCUCAACCCGGCGCCGCCAGCCCGCGGCGGCCAGGAGCCCGACAGGCCGCCGCUCUCAGGAUUUUUGCCUCCUAUAACUCCACCAGAAAAGUUUUUUCUUUCCCAGCUGAUGCUGGCACCCCCAAGAGAACUCUUCAAAAAGACACCCCGACAGAUUGCAUUGAUGGACGUUGGAAACAUGGGCCAAUCUGUGGACAUUAGUGGGCUUCAGCUAGCCUUGGCUGAACGCCAGUCUGAAUUGCCAACCCAAAGUAAGGCUAGCUUCCCUAGUAUUCUCAGUGACCCAGACCCAGACUCUUCUAAUUCUGGAUUUGACAGCUCGGUUGCCUCUCAAAUCACAGAAGCUUUAGUCAGUGGACCAAAGCCACCUAUUGAAAGCCAUUUCCGCCCAGAGUUUAUUCGUCCACCACCUCCACUCCAUAUUUGUGAAGAUGAGCUGGCUUGGCUGAAUCCAACAGAGCCUGACCAUGCGAUUCAGUGGGACAAAUCAAUGUGUGUCAAGAACAGCACUGGUGUGGAGAUCAAGCGAAUAAUGGCCAAAGCCUUCAAAAGCCCCUUAUCUUCUCCUCAACAAACACAGCUCUUGGGUGAGUUGGAAAAAGACCCCAAACUCGUUUAUCAUAUUGGCCUCACUCCAGCCAAACUUCCUGACCUGGUGGAAAACAACCCUCUAGUUGCUAUAGAAAUGCUGCUGAAGUUAAUGCAGUCAAGCCAGAUCACAGAGUAUUUUUCGGUCCUGGUCAACAUGGACAUGUCUUUGCAUUCAAUGGAAGUUGUAAAUCGACUAACUACAGCUGUUGAUCUACCUCCUGAAUUUAUUCACCUUUAUAUAUCAAAUUGCAUCUCUACUUGUGAACAAAUUAAGGAUAAAUACAUGCAGAAUCGUUUGGUGCGUCUUGUGUGUGUCUUUCUCCAGUCCUUGAUCCGUAACAAAAUUAUUAAUGUGCAGGACUUGUUUAUAGAAGUGCAGGCAUUCUGUAUUGAAUUCAGUAGGAUACGAGAAGCUGCUGGCCUUUUCCGGUUGUUGAAGACAUUGGAUACUGGAGAAACACCUUCUGAGACCAAAAUGUCAAAAUAA